AUGGUCGAAAUUCAGACACUCAGACAACCUGAUAUUCAGUAUCAUCCAGAUUACGAAAAGUAUCUCGCGCGCGGGCAGCGUCGCAAGGCAACCGAGGAUCUGCCCAAGUCUCUUCCUCCUGGCUUCCCCGAGAAACUUUCUUCUCCUCUUGUCUGGGAGGGCAAGGAGAUAGAAAAACAAGAUGACUGGAUCUAUAAGCUCAAUGACGCGCAGCGAGAGGAGAUACACGCUGCGUUGAAUAGCUUCAAGUACAUUCCCCUUCCCACUCUCCAUCCAAUACUGCGGGAACUAUCCCACGAAAUCCACAACGGCCGAGGCUUCUUCGUCCUCCGCGGCUUAGACGUCGAUCGGUACUCCCGCGAAGACAACAUCCUCAUCUACGCCGGCGUAUCCUCCCAUAUCGGCAGCCUCCGCGGCCGGCAGCAGGACCAACGACAAGAGGACGGAACCUCCGUCGUGCUCGCGCAUAUCAAGGACCUGACUCGCACCGAUCAAGCUGGGAAUAUCGGCGGGCCCGGCAGUACAGCCGACAAACAGGUCUUUCACACCGACGCAGGGGAUAUCGUCUCGCUGCUCUGUCUCCAGACAGCCGCAGAGGGAGGCGAAAGCCAGAUCUCCAGCAGCUGGCUCGUGUAUAACAUUCUCGCCAAGGAACGACCGGAUCUGAUCUGGACGUUGGCGACGGAUUGGCCUAACGCAACGGCAUUGACACCCGAGCGCGUCCUCAUCCAGUACGCCCGCCGCUACUUCACCGGCUUCCUCGCCCAGCCCCGCUCAGCGAAUAUCCCGCCCAUCACCGAAGCGCAGGCCGAAGCGCUCGACGCGCUGCACUUCCUGGCCGAGGAGCACAGUGCCGCGCUGGAUUUCCAGAAGGGCGAUGUGCAGUAUAUUAAUAACUUGAGUAUUUUCCAUGCGCGCAAGGGGUUCCGCGAUGCGCCGGGGAAAGAGCGACAUUUGCUACGGCUCUGGCUGCGGGACCCGGAAUACGCCUGGGAGACGCCUGAACCUCUGCGGGAGCGGUGGGAUAUUGUGUAUGGAAAUGUGACACCGGAAGAACAGGUGUUUCCUUUGGAGCCGAAGGUGCAGAAGAAGAAUAUAAGUGCUUAG